AGGAAGUGCACCACACAACUGAAUGGAGAGUAGACUGGUUGAAAAUUCAUUGUUAGAAAUAACGAAGUAACGCGGUAUUACGGUUUUAAACAAGGUUGUUAGAAAAUGGACAACAUUCCUCUCCGUGACAAAACAGAACAAGCCCAAGGAGAAGCAGUCAUGGAGCCAGCCUGCCGCAAAGACAAGCAGAAACAGAAGGAGACCCCAAAUCGCGGGGACAAAGCCAAACAGAAGUCUGCCCAACAGGAACUAAAGCAACGACAGAGAGCAGAGAUCUACGCCCUGAACAAGGUGAUGACUGACCUGGAGCAGCAGCAGUUUGAGGCUUUCUGCAAGCAGAUGCAGUCACAGGGACAGUGAGCAAGAGGCCUUGUUUGGACACACCUGCAGCAAAACCGCGGGACGAAGCCAGCUUUCCGACAGCUUUCACCUGUGGCCAAUCACACAGGAAAUCCACAGUUUCCUUUAGCUGUUGCAGCCUUGUUAUACAUGCAGGUUCAACACCAACUUCAGGCAACUUUUUACAGCGGAGUCUGGGUUUUAUUCAUGUGGUCUGUAUUCGUAGGGUUAUCUAAUGCACUUCUUGGUAAGGAGAGCAGCGCAUUUCUGAUGAAGAGAUCUUCAUCCUUUUUAUCACAAAGAGGCAGUGGAGUGUAACCUUUUCAGUUUGAUGCAGCAUUAACUGAAAAACAGCCCCUGUAGUGCACACCUGAAAGCUGAACAUUUUGUCUCUGGUUAGGUUAAAAAUAUUUAAACAGACAAACCGGGACCAACCUUUGGUGGUAGACUGGUCUAUUACAUCUUAUUCACUCUCAUGGUGAAACAUGUUGUCUGAAUUGUUGUAACAAUGUGUUAUAUUUUGAGAUGGGAUGUACCAUUAUUUCUAUUGGUUUCCUGAUUAAAAAAAUGAUUAAAAUGCUAUUGUGGUGUAUCAUAAAGGUCAGGCUCUAAUAGUGUUCAGUAGGCUGCUACAGGGUAGUAUACUUAAUUUCUUUUUAUGAUGGACAUCUUUUUUGCUUUGAAAAUAUUUUUUAUAAAUAAAUAAAUUUAAGGUUUUUCUCACAGUCACUUUGUCUGGAGGUGCACUGCUAAAAUCACAUGGCCUGAGUAACUAUAACACAGCUCUUAAAUUGAGAAUUGCUGCUGUUGAUCUUGUGAGUUUCUUGACUAGUUCCAGUUUAUCACAAGUUUUAUUUAUGAUAUCGCUGUAAUCCCUCCUUUGGAGAGACAGUGGUAAACCUUCUUAGUUGCAAUCUUGUUAUAAGUGCUAUAAUGUUUUAACUGUGUUAAUUUAAACCUUGGGGAUUAAUUUGUAUUUAUUCUGCCCACUCCUUGGCUAGAAUUUUACAAAUAAUGAAAAAUGAAAUAAUCAUUGCAAAUCAAGUUCUGGUUCAGAUGUGAAUUUCUAUAAUGCAGUGUGAACUGACCUGAAGGAGGCAUCGGCCAAACUCACAAAAUCAGAAUAGUGUAGUUUUUAUACCGGGACAAUUGUUUGCACAAAAUGUCAUUGGAAAAUGUUGUGCAAUCUUUUCGAUUAAUCUACUUUUAUGUGCCAGUGUUAGAAAUGUUCUUAUUCCUGGCUAGAAAAAUAAGUGCUUUUACUAUUAUGGUGAUUCCGAAGCCUAAAAAUAAACACUGUAAAAUCCGUUCCUUCUGUUUAUCCUCCGAGACUGCGCAUUCACAGUCUUGGAUAACUUUCUUCUUUUAAACCUGAGUACACCACAAUUGGCAGAGAUGCAUUCAGAUUUUGAAAUCCAGUUCCAUUUUCAAAAUCCUUUUAAAUUCAUUUUCAGUUACUAUUCCCUUUUAAUGUCUUCCAUUUCCAUCUCAUUAUAUAAGGCAUUACUGAGCAACAUGUAUACAGCUUGUCAAACGUGCUUGCAGAUUUAAAUUAGAACUGUGUGGUUGCUUGGACGACACAGCUACAUCAACACAUGUUCUUAUUUACACAGUAAGAUCUGUCCUGCAAAUGGAAUUCAAAUUGGGAAUUAGUAUUUACGAGAAACUGGGAAUAGCGUGUGUAUUUAAAAACAAGAAUCAGCCUCAGUCUCGACACUGUGAUACUACAGUAUCCAUUCUCAUGAAAAUUAUAGAGAGAAUCUUCUGCCCACUGCAUUUCUCAGUUUUUAAUACACAAAAUAGAGCAGCUCAUUUCUGUUUGAUCACUUGAUUUUAUAACUCCAGAUCAGGGGUCCUGAGCUGUGAUCCUGAAGAUCUUCAUUCCAGUUCAUCUUAUAUAAGAUUCGCCCCCUAAUUAAUUGCUGAACUCGGCACUUGAGGAAACUACUUGGAAUUAAGUCCCUCAUAAUGUCUCAGUUACAUUAUUAUGCAAAUCAUCAGCCUUUGGUCACAAAAAAGGCCAUCUUAACAUGUCAGUUGGUAGUAGUUAGUUGUCCAUCUACCACUGACAUGUUCCUUUUUUUGGGAGUGUGUUCUAAUGUGAUUGAAACUUUGUCUUUUUGCUUUUUAAAUAAAUGGUGGUGUUAACUUCUGGGUCAAAAGCUAACCUUAGUCACAGUAAAUGGGUGAGUUGGUAGUGGUUCAUUUGAAGGAACAGGUUAUAAUGACUUCAUAUAUUCUGUGGUAUAAAAUUACAUAUGCAAUUUUAUACCAAUUCCCUUUCUGCAUUUACAUUUUUCAUGAAGGCUAAUAAACGUAAUGCUAUUUAGAAAAGAUAAUUGCUGUGAAAGUUGUGGCUUUAUCAAAGGUUAAAACCAAAGUACAACAAAAUCUUGAUAACUGUAUAGUGGCAAACAAGGGUUUAUUUUGGGCACUGAGCUUUUAAAGAGAAAACAUAAACAAUAUAUAUGCAAAAUCUAACCUGUAGCCUUAGGAGAUAUAGCUGAUGCAAUAUUCACAGCUACUGCUGUAAUCCACUUACAAUUCUUAAUUUUGAAGGAUGACUCCUGAGCCAUAAAGGCUUCAAUGCAGUUUUACUUCAUAUUAUGCUGUGUUGAAGAAUUUUGUUAUUGUAUUUAUUUUAACUUAAUAAACUUAAUUUCUUGAUUA